CAGUGGCGUCCGCAUCUGGACUCCUAGCUCUGCAGUAGCCAGCCGUUCUCCGCUCGUUACACGGCUGUCUGUGCUAUUUAUCCAGGUUCGCCCGCCAUUCGCAUGGUCGACAGGAUUGAACUGCGAUAACAUCGUCUAAUUGCUGGUGAUACAACUUAGCAAAAUGGCGCUGUUCAACAUCCUCGACCAAUUCGUGGACACCAAAACGAUCCUUCUUUGCUUGGUAGUCGUACUGGUCCUCACUACCACUAUCUUGCUGCCCUACUCGCAUCGUAUACCUGCAGACGCGCCGCCUCAAGUCAGCGACGAUCUCCCCGUUGUCGGAGCCCUUGGCUUCUGGACCCAACGGUGGAACUGGUGGAGCGAGCGACGCGACCAGUCCAAAACUGGUACUUUCUCCUUCCAUGUGGGGCCGAACAUGGUCGUUGCGCUCUCUGGAGACAAGGGACGUCAGGUGUUUUUUGAGUCGAAAGAUUUGGGCUUUGGUGAGGGCUAUUCUGUCCUAUUCGGCCAAACGCCCAAAUCAACCAAAGAAAUCACCGACGAAGACAAGAACCUUGGUUUCGAUGCCUGGUUCCAUCGCCGCCUCACCUCCCUCUUGAAGCAAGAGCAUUUCCGCCGCAAUCUGCCUGUUCUCAUAUCUGACACAAAGGAAGCUCUAGAAGCCAUCAAGAAUGAUGCCAGCGGCCGUACAAAUCCCUUUGAGAGCCUUUAUCGCAUCGUAUUCCGCCUUACUAUUCGCAUGGUAGGCCCUACUGAGAUCGCCGAGGAUCCGGACAAGCUGGAAGCCGCCUUGAAGAUGUUCGAGAUGAUCGAUAAGAGCGCGACCGCUACGUCAGUUAUCUUUCCAAAACUACCUUCGCCGGCUAUCAUACAACGGACAUAUGCGGGCACGCGACUUUAUAUGAUGAUCGACAGUAUAAUUAAGAAGCGCGCGGCGAGUGACGAGAAAAACGAGGAUGCUCUACAACAGAUGCUAGAUCAAGGCGAUCGCGCUGUGAGGAUCGUCGAGUUCAUCGUUGGAGCGCUGUUCGCUGGAUUGAUCAAUAGCGGUAUCAAUGCAGGCUGGGUAAUCUGCUAUCUUGCAACCUCACCCGAGUGGCUCGCCAAAGCGAAGGACGAGAUCUGUAGUACUGCAGCGAAGUACGCUAAGGAUCCCAAAGCACCCUUGCGCGAUCAGCUUGACGACGUACCCAUAGAAGCGUGGGAGGCAGAGUUUCCGAUCAUAGACAUGUGUCUCCGCGAUUCUUUACGACUGAACCUUCUCGGUACAGCCUUCAGGCGGAACAUCAGUAGUAAAGGCAUACCCACAGGCAACGGCAACGAAGUCAUCCCCCCCGGCGCUUUCGUCACGUAUGCCACUGGCGACAUCCAUCUCGACCCGGAAGUGUAUACUGAUCCUCACAAAUGGGAUCCAGCUCGAUACUCGCCAGAGCGCGCCGAGGACAAGAAGAAGGCGGCGCAUGGCUUUGUCGGUUGGGGAUCAGGACGACAUCCCUGCCUGGGUAUGCGCUUCGCUAAACUGGAGCAGAAUAUCAUCACCGCAUACUUCAUCGCGACGUUCGACUUCACACUUGAAGAUGAGAGUGGCAAAACACUCAGUGUCGCCCCUUUGGUUGACCACAAUCGACACUCGGCCCACAAACCAGCCAAAUUGCAGUUCCUCAGGGUUAAAACGAGAGAAGAGUAGAUGGUAUGUUCCCAGACGUCCGCAUGAAUACGAACCUAGCAACAGUGAUGCAACCUGUUGCCGUAGCUCGCAGUGAAGGAGGUCGCUUCUCACAUUUGAGAUGAACUUGUUGGCAAAUUGCAGAAUAUUGAAAGCAUCAAGUGAAUACCAAAUUUGACACUCGAGAACGCGCAUGUAGCCAUAACCUCUCGUCUCAUCAGCGUGCGUAUCAAAGGCAAUAGCUUUGGAACGAGUCACCUGCUUCAAGAAUAGCGUCUUGGCGCGACGUG